UCGUAGCCCGAAGACCGGCCAGUCGUGCCAGCGCGCCACAGAGCCCAGGCCUCGUUCCGUACACACGAUUCGGUUGAAAAAGGAAGGAUCUGCACGAGCCGGCCUCGUGUGUGUGCGCGCGCGACAUAUUCCGAGAAAUACUCGGGCGACGAGAGAUUCUCUUCUUGCUCUCUCGCCGGCGAGACUCUCUUGGUCGGUGGCCCCCGCGAGUCGAGCCGUCGAGCCGCCGAACAUGCCGAGGCGGGGCUCGCUAUAGAGUAAAGGCCCUCGAGCGGGCGCGCCACGCCGCAUUCUCGAUAUUCGAGGUGAAGAGCAAUCGAGAAACCACGUCGUCGGCGCCCGGAGGUCGCCGCCGCCGCCGCCGCCGCGUGAAAACGUUCCCCGAAUUCUGCGCAUUUUCUUUGGGAUCGGGAAAGAAAAAAAACGACGACGUGUCCGACGCUUUUGUGAAUAAGCCUAGGUAGAGCUUUUCGGGCUGGCUACCUGCGUCGUUGAUCCCGGCCUCUGUGCGUAUAGAGCGUAAUCGUGUGGCGGCGUCGAACCGCGCGCAGAAAAUGGAUACCGUGCUCUAGCAGCACGGUCGGAGAGAAACGGCCCAGGCCUCGGAGAGAGAAGGAGGAGAUAUCCGGCGGAGAGAAAGGGAGGAAGAAGUACGACGAAUAUGUAAAGCUAAUACACGCGACGACGACGACGACGACGACGACGACGAGCUCGAGCGUACGAAGGGAAGCGGGUCGGUCGCUCUAUAAAUCCGAGAUACAUCUCUCUUGACGUAAUCGGGAAGCCUCUCUCGACGUAAGUGCCAGGACCACGAGUCGUUCGCCUAUCAAGAGAUUCUCGGGAUUGCUCGGGAGAUGCUCGACCUCGCGGUCCUGUGUGAUACGCGCCGUGCGCUGGCCUGCUGAUUCUCCUCCCGGAAGAGAGCGCGGGUCUCCGUCUCAAAAUACUACGUUUGCAAAGCAGCCAAACACAAUCAUUGUACCAAGAUGCCUCGAGUAAGGAGACAAGUGAUCCUGGAGGAUCCAGCUAGGCCUGUUACACCAGAUAUGGCGGAAACAAAGUUGUUAAAGUCUGAGUUUUUGGAUGACGGAUCCUUGGAUGAAGUCCAACCACAGAAGGUGGCAGAAGAAACACCGAGCCCUCAUUUACAAGAUCAUCAAUACGGACAAACACCUUGUUACCAAAUAACAAGGAAACCCACACAACCACCGCCAAGAGCUGAGAUAUCAGUUCAAGCGGUAAAAAGAAGACUGAAUUUGGAGGUAGGGACAACUGGUCCCAGCCAGUCUGCCUUCAAAGCUCCCAGAGGUAAACGUAGAAGAUCUGGUUCGAAUUCUUUAACUGGCCACACACCCACCAAAACCAAAACUGUAGAAAGGACACGGUAUGAUACCUCUUUGAGUUUACUCACAAAGAAGUUUAUCCACUUAGUUGAAAGCAGUCAGGAUGGUGUGGUCGACUUGAAUGUAGCAUCAGAGAAGUUGGAGGUACAAAAACGUCGUAUAUACGACAUUACUAAUGUUUUAGAGGGCAUUGGUAUCUUAGAGAAGAAAAGUAAAAACAAUAUCCAGUGGAAAGGCGGUCAGUUACCGAAUAAUCGGAACGAUAUUGCCAAUCUGAGGAGAGAGGUCGCAGAUCUAGAAGCUAAAGAGAAUACACUUGACCGAUUGAUUCACGGUGCUGAUAAAAACCUACGCGAACUUUGCGCGGACAGACAAUACGCUUAUGUAACGUAUCACGACUUACGUUCAGUUUCAAUGUACAAAAACCAAGCUAUUAUGGCUGUGAAAGCCCCGCCGGAAGCUACCCUUCAUGUCCCACAACCUAUCAAUAAUUUUGGUCAACAAAAGCUUCAAAUGCACAUGAGGUCGGAACACGGAGAGAUAGAAGUGUUUUUGUGUCCUGACGAUCCCGCAGUUAAAACGUCACCUUAUUCCGGAUAUACGACAACGCAAACUGUGCCUCAAUCAAAAGAACUGUCUGACAUACCUUGUUUGUCUCCUGAAUUGUUGGUUAAGAGAGAAAGCGAUGUGCGAGUCGAAUCAGUACCUUCCGAUGAGAGUUCUAUGAAUACUCGUCUGUGUACCCCUGUAACUACAGUUACCAAUAUAACAGGCAUGAAGGAUGCGUUCCUAUGCGAAUCUGACGAUUAUGGACCAAUGGGCGGUGGCAAAUUCCAACUCCAAACAGAGGAUCAAAUCAGCACUUCAGAUCUGAAUUCGAUUCUCGAUUUUGGAGAGCAACUGCUGAGUUUGGAACCGCCUCUCUCUGAAAACGACUACUCGUUCUCGUUAGGCACCGAGGAGGGUCUGUCGGAUCUCUUCGAUUUCAAAUUCUAGGAAUAUCGUCGCUAUUGUAAGAGCGUUCUUAUCUAUUUUGGGCUAUCACUCUGAGUUUGGUACUCAAAUGGAUGAAAACUGCUUUGUCAGUUUUAUAAUGCUCCUUCGUGUUAGACAAUAGGUGGUUGACACUUUUGUUUCCGCGUGUCGAUCUUUGCAAGGAAUCGCGAACAUGCAAAGUCGUUUUUAUUUAUUUACUGCUUCCCCGAGCAAACGUUUAUCGACGUGUGAAACUUGAUUAUCACGUUUUAUGUGUAUGGUUAACUUUGAAAGCACAGUAACGAAAUGAUUAAGCACGCCCGCAUGACGCAAUUUGUUAAAUAUUCGUCUUCUUAAGAAACCAAUGAUAGAUUAUAAAUACAAAAAUUAUAUAGAAUGGUAUAUAUGUUUUCGUAAACGAUUUUAUACUAGCUGAUCCAUUAUUAUCUGUUCCAUGGAGAAAUUAUAAAAGGCAAUGUUGUUAUCGAUCCAUCGGAAUAUUUUACUAUUCUCGAUAUUUUUUUCUUCGCGUAUACAUUUCGUUUCGGAAUGUCUCGUUUUAAUUGCUUUGUUUUUCGGAUCGCAAAUUCCGGAUGCAGAGAAGCCGAACUGGAUGAAGCACAGGAAAAACAUAUCACGACAUUGUUAACGCGUGCUUCCGGCUUGAUCGAUGAUCUGCAUCGAUCGCGUUUGCGGAAUGGAUCGCGAAAACUUUUGAACAGAGAGGGGGGAAGGGGGGUUUGAAGAGAGCGAAGGCGGUUUUUCGUGCAAUCUGUAAUAAUAUUAUAAAUUGAGCUAAGAGAUAUAGAGAGAAAAGAGAGAAUGUAUUCGGGAAUUCUCAGAGAGAGGAGAGACUGUGUCGGACAACGACCUAUAAUUGCUUUACUUAGUUGUCCAAUGCCCGUGAAACGAAUAAGACGAUCAAGAGAGUCAUCAAGUUUUUUUUUUCUAGUGUAAAAGUCUCAAGUGGGGCGAGAAGACAAAAAAAAGCGAAACACACGAGAUGACUAUCCGGAUGGCAGUCUCUUCUUACCAUUCGCGUCAUUGGACACGGACGAGUUUUUAAAUUAUAUUCAAGAUUAAAGGCUGUCAUCUGGAUGAUGCAUGUUUUGUAACAUAUAACGGAUGCAUAUUACCUCGUUGACAAAUUGUUCGACAGUACAGUAGUCUUUAUUCCGCGUACUUUGAUAUAAUUGAUUGAAUUCUUGGCAAUCGUGACGAAUAUUGAAGUCGUUUCUCGUUUUAAAUACAUUGCUUUAUUGGAUGGGAGCGGAAUGGAACGCGAUGACCAGUGAUUGUUGUUACGGCGAUUAUGUUAUUAGUCGAUUAGAGAGGUCACAUACUAAUUAGCUUCUUUUCAUCGAUAUAUGGCAAAGAUGAAUGAAGAUAAACUCGAAAUGUAACACGAGGGUGUAAACAAAUGAAAGAUCUUAGACUAUAUCGUUUACAUUUAAAUGCGUAAUUAAUUCCGAUUUCGUAACGAUCAUCGUCUAAGAUCCACAUUCAGGAUACAGUAUCAUUCUGGAACUGAUUAUGGGGGGUUUUCAAAGAGAGAGAGAGUGAGAGAGUGAGAAAGUUUCUUACCGGUGAACACUUGAAUCUUGUCGAGAAGAACGCGGUCCUGGAAUUUAGUUCUGUUGAGCGAAAUUCGCGUAAAAAUAUAUAUCUUCUUGUUUCUCGAGAGCUCAAGAAUACACUGGGAAAAUUGUCUCGUCUGGAAGUCUCCCUUAUAAGGAUGUACUCUAACGUACAACUUAGUGUACGUCCAAAGCCAUAGUGCCUACAAAAUAACGAUCAUACCCUUCUGCAAUUGUAAAUACUUUACAAACAUAAUUAUGUAAGCUCAUAAAAACACACAUAUGUGCGUAUACAUAUAUAUUAUAUGUAAGAACGUAACGAUUCUCUCUCACACACAAAAAAAAAUGGACAGAUGCUACAAACAUCUCAUUACAUGUAAUUAACGUAAAAAUACGGAUCACACUUAUUUUUAAUAUAUUAAUAUUAUUAAUUAUUAUUAAAACAUUAAACGAAACGAAAUAUUAGUUUAUAUAUGAAAUAUAUAAUUUCAUUUAUAUAGAUAUACGUACAUGUAAUACGUAUUUAAAUUUAUGAUGAACAAACAUUGUGCAGGAUAACAAACUUGCAUUAAAUGCGUGUUGAAAAGAUUUAAAAUAUUUCGAAUAUAUUUAAAUCAGUAAAUAAAUUAAAUUAAAAACAGUAAUUAUAAUCAGAUAUGUAGUACUAUUUUGUACAUAAUUCAAGACUAAUGUUUAAAGAUUCGUGAAAUAUUCCACAAAAUAUGACAUUUUAUAUAUCUCGAAUUAGAUUAUCCCUUAAAAUAUCUCAAUAAAUUUAAAAUAUCACAUUGUUACACAUAGAUAUUUGCAAAAUAAGCCUACACGAAAAAAAAAAUCAAGAAAGGCUUCAGUUUAAUUAAUAUCACGAUGACAGAUUGUUACUUUGCACAAUGUUCGCUGUGCUCCCAUUCACGACAGCCGGGAAAAAUUCUAUGUUACUCUUGUUUUCGUUUUCCAAUUAAGCGGCGUCAAGCGCUUUUUUUCAUACGCCACGAAAAGGCAAUGAGAAGUUGAAUAAAAGAGCAAAGCGUAUGAGUGCAUUAAAUAUGAAAACGAGAGCGGAAAAGAAGAGAGAGAGAGAAAGAGGAAUGUAUUUGUGUGUAUGCGUGUGUGUGUGUGUAUGAUAUCGUCGAAAUGAAUAUUAAACGAAGGAUUUCGGCCUUUUGAAUAUACCACACACAAGUGAGAAGUUGCGAUAUUUUCUACCUGAAUAUUUACAGGACGUUGCGAGAUCCGAAUGCGGGGACGCACACACAAUUGUGGCUGAGGAAAAAAGAGAACAUAAACGAUAUUUUCAAAGAGAAGACAUAAAAGUAUAUUUAAAACUCAUUCUAUCUUUGUGGCGAAUAUCUGGAGACAGCUGCAACUCUGUUAAAUAUUAAUGGGUUUGCAAUUGUCUUCGGGGAUAAUGCGUAUUUGCAAGAUCAAAAAGAAACUUUAAGUGUGUAUUUAACCGAAAACAGUAUCUUUAUUUGUGUAAAAUUACACAUUUAUAUAUGUAAACAAUAAUAGAAGCCAUGCUUUCGGAUUCCGCAGCGAUUCCUGUUUUAGAGUAUCUCGUCGCGAAAAAGAUGGCAUAUAUACAUCGUUUGAUUUUUGACUUGAGGCAUUCGUGAAUCUACAUUUUCUAGCAGCCUGUCGGAUAACGUUUCCUUUUUUUUUCGAACGUUUAAGAACGAAACUUGCCGUCGCGAAGAGCGCAGGACCUUUUCAUAAUCUAUAUUUAAAGGUGCCAAUAAAAAGACACGCGCGAGAGAAAGAGAUAUUAUUUUCUGUUGAUUGAUAGAACGCGGUGGAUGACCCGUAUCAUUUUUAAUUAGCUCUUUGUUUUUACUAUUAUCGAUAAAGGAAAGAAAAG